AUGAUAGCCUUGACAAUGAGAACCCCACUGCCAAGCAAGCUUAUUCUCCGCACUGUUUUUAGAGACAUUUGGGCCCGACGUGCACCUGCAGGGUCACCUGUGGCACCACCUGCACAGCCCUCGCUGCCCCGCUCCCCUCUGCCGAGCCAGCUACGGGCCCGGAGGCAGCCCAGAGCUUUGCCGCUGUGCAGAGCCACGCGUGCAGAGCCGCUGCGAGCACGAAGAGAGCUCGCGGCAUCGGCCCCCCGGGCAGCACAGCGCCGACGGCCCUUCCAGCAGCGGGACCCCCGUGGGAGCGCCGGCCCCCCCGGCCCCUCCGGCUCCUCCGCUUCCUCCCGGCCCCUCCCCGCCGAGGCGCCCGGGCCCCGGCCCCGGCGGCCCGCGCCCGCCCCUCAGCGCAGCGCCCCGGCCGCUCCCGCAUGCGGGUCCUGGUGCUCCUACAGCCUGCCGCUGCUGCUGCUGCUGCUGCUGCAGGAAGCGCUGCCACACGUUAUUGGACAGCCUGCGAAGAGUAAGCGUCCAAAAGAACACGGGGAAAACAAGGUUUUUAACAAAAAAGUAAAACCCAAAACUCCCAAAAUGAAGGAGAGAGAAUCUGCUGACUCCUCUUUGAAGUCCCAGUCCAUACUGACACAGGUGAUGGAUAAAGGUCGUAUCCAGAAAUUGGCUGCCACUUUAAGCCUGUCUGCAGGACAAAGCAUAGAACUGCGAUGUAAAGGGAGUAAUGUUACUUGGAACUACCCUUCAUAUUUAGACACCUUUAAAGACUCCAGACUCAGUAUAAAGCAGCUUGAAAGGUAUGGUCAGCUGAUCCUUGCAAACUCCACUGCAGCAGACACAGGUGAAUACAGCUGCUGGCUUCAGCUGUGCAAUGGUAACAAAUGUAGGAAGGAUGAGACUAAAACAGGCUCAACGUACAUCUUUUUCACAGACAAAGAGGAACUUUUUGUACCUACUCCCAGUUAUUUUGAGAUUGUCUACUUGAACCCAGAUAAACCUGCAGUCAUCCCAUGCCGUGUUACUACUCCUUCAGCAAAAGUAACUCUACACAGGGAAUUUCCAGCAGAAGAAAUUGAAACAGAUGGAACUGAUCUUAUUUAUGAUGCAAAAAAGGGUUUUGUCUACCAGCACCCUACUUCUGAUCAUAAGGGCAUUGUCUACUGCAAAGCAGAGUCACAGGGAGCACCUCAGAUUUCCAUCAAAUAUCACCUACUGUAUGUGGAAGUUCCCAAGGGCCCACCCUCAGCCACACUUGCGGUGUCAUCCAAUAGAGCUCAACUCGGUGACAGUGUUCAGGUGAUCUGCACAGUCCUUGGGGAGCCAGAUGUAGAUGUGAACUUCAGGUGGCAGUACCCAGGGCGAGAGUCUGAGAGGCCUGUGAUUAUCCAAAACUUCUGGAGAUUGAUAAACAGAGGAGCUGGACAUACUACAAGAAUCUCAAAGAGUGUUCUUCUUGUUGAGAAUUUUGAAGCCAAAGAUGCUGGAAACUACAUCUGUAUAGCUCAGAACCUACAAGGAGAAACAACAGUAGCUACUAAAGUUGAACUAAAUUGAUAGGAAAUACUUCUGGACCUGGACUGAACUGUAUGUUAUUUGACAUUAUAGCCAUUAAUUUUCUUUAUGAAUGUUUAAAUGAAGCUUUUCUCUCACUGUUUCUUUUUAUAUGUCAACGCAUUCCAUAUUCACUAGCUUGACAGGCCACAACAGAGUUCACUAUGCCCAGCAGUAGUUAGUUGUGAGUUAAUGAAACUACUAUGAAGCAUUGAAGUUUAAGCCUGAACACGCAUAGGGCAUGUUGUAUUUAGGAAUGGGUGCUCUUGGGCUUUCCUUUAUAAUAUGGGCUUUUCCCUCAGACUCUUGCAUAAGGUCAGCCUGCUGUGUGGUGCGUGCAAUUUUAAUAAUGAGAGUACUGUACAUGUUUAAAAGAACAGCAAAAAACAAGCAAAAAAAACCCUUGAUACAAAAUUAACCAAUAGCAGAUGUUUAUUUUGCAAGAAAAAUUAAAUUUCUGAACGUUAUAAAAACAUAAAUAUGUGUGUGUGUGCUCAUUUCAUAUAUGUGUAAAGACAUAAACGCACAAAAAUUUCACUCCUGGUAAAGUUAAAUAUCCUCUAGCACCUAGAUCAGUAUCUCAAGAGACCUGUAAGCAGUCAGGUGUGCUGUAUUUUCCUUAUGUUGUUGCAUUCUUACAACCUUAAAAUACGUAGCUUACUUAGUAGUUCACUCCUCAACAGAUGUACAGCAUUAUGCUU